CGAAGAAGGAUGGCGGCGCGCCGAUCACGAGCUACAUCGUGGAGAAGCGGCCGCGCUACGGCGACUGGAAGUUCGCCGGCGAGUUUACCGAGCUGUACAAACCGGCCGCCAAGGUGCUGGAGCUGACCAAGGACGAGGAGUACGAGUUCCGCGUGUGCGCCGUCAACAAGGCGGGCGUGAGCGACCCGAGCGAACCGUCCGAGCCGGUCGUGUGCAAGUCGCGCUUCGUCUCGCCGCACUUCAACAAGAACGCGCUGAAGGAUCUGGUCGUGCCGGUGGGCAAGAAGAUUGCGUACAACAUCUCGGUGGAGGCGUCGCCGCAGGUGACGGCGGUGUGGAAGCGCAACGGCGCGGUCAUUCCCGAGUCGCAGCGCGUUAUCCGCGAGGUGUACAACAACGAGGUGUCGCUCGAGAUUCCGUUCUCGGUGCGCGACGACAGCGGCAUGUACACGCUGAUUGUGAAGAACGAGUGCGGCGAGUACUCGGCGUCGGCCAACGUGACCGUGCUGGACAAACCGGCCCCGCCGGAGGGACCGCUGCGCAUCACCAACAUCACCACCGAGGGAUGCCGGCUGGAGUGGAAGCUGCCGAAGGACGACGGUGGCAGCCCGAUCACGCACUACGUCAUCGAGAAGAUGGACAUGUCGCGCGGCACGUGGACGAACGCGGGCAUGAGCACCUCGCUGGUGAACGAGAUUUCGCGCCUCAUCCACAACAAGCGCUACUCGUUCCGGGUGAAGGCGGUGAACGAGAUCGGCGAGUCGGAGCCGCUCGACUGCUCGCACCCGAUCGUCGCGAAGAACGACUACGAGGAGCCGUCGCAGCCGCCGAAGCCGGAGGUGCGCGACUGGGACGCCAACUCGGUCACGAUCGGCUGGAACCCGCCCAAGUCGGACGGUGGCGCUACGAUCACGGAGUACAUCGUGCAGAAGAAGGAGAAGGACAGCCCGUACUGGAGCAAUGCGGGCCGUGUGCCGGGCAUCAAGCGCGACCUGCAGAUACCGGACCUGGCCACGGAGACGGAGUACGAGUUCCGCGUGAUUGCGGUGAACGCGGCCGGCGAGUCGGAACCGUCCGACGCGACCGAUGCGGUGCUGACGCGUUCGCGCUUCAUCGCACCGAAGAUCGUGACGCCGAUGCGCGAUAUGGUGGUGAAGGCCGGGUUGAUCUUCCAUCUGGACAUCAACUUUACGGGCGAGCCGGUGCCGGAGGUGGUGUGGACGCUCAACGGCAAGCCGGUGCAGACGGACAAGCGCACGACGAUGACGGCGCUGGGCCACCACACGAUCGUGCACACGGUCAACUGCAACCGGGGCGACUCGGGCACGUACAAGCUGGUGGUGAGCAACUCGAGCGGCACGGACGAGGGCAGCUUCAAUCUGACCGUGCUGGACCGGCCGGAUCCGCCGCAGGGCCCGACCGUGUACGAGGAGAUCACGGAGAAGAGUGUGACGAUCUCGUGGAAGCCGCCGCUAGACAAUGGCGGCUCGGAGCUGACCGGGUACGUGGUGGAGAAGAAGGAUCUCACGCACGGCGGCGGCUGGGUGCCGGCCGUCGCGUACGUCAGCCCGAAGUACACGCACACGGUGGUGCCGCGGCUGAACAAGGGCAACAAGUACGAGUUCCGCGUGAUGGCGGAGAACCUGCAGGGCCGCUCGGACGGGCUGAUGAGCGCCCAUCCGGUGGUGGCGAAGGACCAGUUCGUGGUGCCGGGACCGCCGACCAAGCCGGACAUUAUCGACAGCGGGUACGAGCAGAUCACGCUCAGCUGGAAGCCACCGAUCAGCGACGGCGGUUCGCGCAUCUCGGGCUACAUCAUCGAGCGGCGCGACCUGGCGACGGGCCGAUGGAUCCAGGCCAACAAGUAUCCGGUGCCGAACAUCGAGUACACGGACACGGGCGUGAUCAAGGGCCACCAGUACGAGUACCGCGUGUCGGCCGUCAACCAGGCCGGCCAGGGCAACCCGAGCGACUCGUCCGUCAAGUGCUGGGCGCGACCGAUGCAGCAAGCCCCCGCGCUCAACAUGGACAGCUUCAGCAAGCGCACGAUCAAGGUGCGGGCGGGCGAGCCGAUCGUGAUUACGAUCCCGCUGGUCGGUGCGCCGCUGCCGACGGUGGAGUGGUCGCGCGCCGGCACCAAGAUACCGGAAACGUCGCGCGUCUCCAUCGACACCAACAUGGAGCAGACGGUAUUCCGCGUGGACAACAGCAACCGCAACGAUUCCGGCACGUACAAGAUCAAGGCCGCCAACCAGUACGGCGAGGACGUGAAGGAGUUCGAGGUGAUUGUGGUCGACCGGCCGCAGCCACCGAAGUACGUGUCCGGGCUGGAGACGACGCAGGACAGCGUGACGCUCAACUGGGACGCACCGUCGGACGACGGUGGCUCCGAGAUUACCGGCUACAGCAUCGAGUACAAGGAGUUCCCGUCGGACAACUGGAAGAUGGUGUACGGUACGGUGCCGCGCUGCUCGCACACCGUCAAGCAUCUGACGGAGAACCACGAGUACGUGUUCCGCGUGCGAGCGGAGAACAUCUACGGUGCGUCGGAACCGACCGAAAGCAAACCGAUCUCGCCGAAGAGCCCGGACCCGCCAGAGCCGGUUGACAAGCCGACCGUCGCCGACUACACGCCCAGCUCGUGCACGAUCACGUGGAGGCCGCCGCGCGUACAGACGCGCCCGGUCGUGGGCUAUUACGUGGAGAAGCGCGAGCGUGGCACGGGCGAGUGGGUGCAGGUCAACAACUACCCGACGACCAACACCACCUACACGAUCCCGGAUCUGAUGGAAGGCUUCCGGUACGAGUUCCGCGUCAAGACGGUCAACGAGGUCGGCGUGAGCAAGCCGAGCGAGCCGACCGAUCCGAUCACCGCGUCGCACCAGCGCAAGCGCCCGAACCAGCCGGACCCGCCGUCGAUCGACAAGAUUACGCGCAACAGCGUCAACCUGUCGUGGCGCACGCUGCGCCGCGACGCGAAGGAGAAGAUCAGGGGCUACAUCGUGCAGUACCGCGUGAAGGACGACGAGAAGUGGGUCGAUGCGAACGCACCGACCGAGCUGAUUGCGGACCAGGCGUACCGGGUGGAGAAUCUGGAGGAGGGCAAGGAGUACCAGUUCCGACUGAUUGCGGUGAACGAGAUUGGCCAGUCGGAACCGUCCCGACCGAGCAUCACGGUCACGUUGGCCGAGCAGCCGAACAAACCGAUGAUGGAUCUGAGCAACGUGCGCGACAUUACUGUGCGGGCGGGCGAAGACUUCAACAUUCACGUGCCGUACACGGCGUUCCCGAAACCGGUCGCGACCUGGUUCGUGAACGAGGAGCUGCUGGACGACCGGGACAAGCGGUUCCACACGCAGCUGACGGAGGAGGCGGCCAGUAUCGUGGUGGUGAAGAGUGUCCGCGCGGACACGAAGCAGUACCGGCUGAUGCUGAAGAACCCGUCCGGCUACGACAUUGCGACGUGCAACGUGAAGGUGCUGGACCGUCCGAGCAAGCCGGAGAACAUUGGUGUGGAGUCGUACGGUGGCGAGCAUCUGGUGCUGUGCUGGAACGCUCCGCUGGACGACGGAGGCUCGCCAGUGACGAACUACGUGGUGGAGAAGAAGGACAAGAACUCGAACGCGUGGACGAAGGUGAGCAGCUACUGCACGACGACGUACCUGAAGAUUCGCAACCUGCGCCUGAACCAGCUGUACGAUUUCCGCGUGUACGCCGAGAACAAGUACGGCCUGUCGGAGCCGGCCCAGGCCGACUCGAUCGUCGCGAAGCAUCCGUUCGAUCCGCCGUCGCAGCCGGGUACGCCGAGCCGCGUCGAGACGACGGAGGACACGAUCACGAUCACCUGGACGAAGCCGGCCAGCAACGGUGGCUCGCCGGUGACGCACUACAUCGUGGAGAAGAAGCUGGCGACCGAGGGCCACUGGUCGAAGGUGCAGCAGGGCACGCUCAAGGACCUGAUGUGCAAGGUGUCGGGCCUGUCGGAGAACCACGAGUACGUGUUCCGGGUGGCGGCCGUGAAUGCGGCCGGCACCAGCCCGUUCAGCAACCCGUCCGAUCCGAUCAUGGUGAGUGCGGCGUUCACCGCGCCCAAGAUCACGUCCGACAUUGGCAUGCGCGACAUACUGGUGAUCGCGCGCGAUCCGUUCAAGAUCAUCGUGCCGUACACGGCGACGCCCAAGCCGGACGCCAUCUGGAUGGUGAACGGCAACGAGGUGUCGCGCAACGACCGCAUCGAGCUGUCGAUCAACGACACGGAGGCGAUCUUCAAGAACGACAACUCGAAGCGCAUCGACUCGGGCAGUUACACGAUUCAUCUGGUGAACUGCGUCGGCAAGGAUACGGCCUCGUGCCGCGUGCUGGUGGUGGACAAACCGUCGCCGCCGAUCGGCCCGCUGGAGGUGUCGGAGAUUACGCCCGAGUCGUGCACGCUGUCGUGGAAGACGCCGCUGGACGACGGUGGCAGCCCGAUCACGAACUACAUCGUGGAGCGGUACGAGCCGCUCGGCUACUGGACGAAGGCGAGCAGCUUCGUGCGCAGCACGCACUACGACAACAUGGGCAUGGAGGCGAACAAGCCGUACAACUUCCGCGUGCGGGCCGAGAACCAGUACGGCGUGAGCGAUCCGCUGAUACUGGAGGAGCCGAUCGUGGCGCGCUAUCCGUUCACCGUGCCGGAUCCGCCGAACCCGCCGCGCGUGUCGGACUGGGACGCGAAUUACGUCACCGUGACGUGGGAGCGCCCGCUGAUGGACGGUGGUUCGCGCAUCCAGGGCUACCGGUUCGAGUACCGGGACGUGCUGGAGGGCACCUGGAUUACGAACAACUUCCUGAUCAAGGACAACAGCUACCAGGUGUACAAUCUGCUGCCGGGCCGCGAGUACGAGUUCCGCGUGCGGGCCCAGAACGCUGCCGGUGUGAGCAAACCGUCCGCCUCGUCGAAGAAGUUCAAGAUCCACGGCAAGAUCACGCCACCGACGGCACCGGGAGCGCCGGCCGUCGUGAAGGUGGGCAAGAGCUUCGUCGAUCUCAGCUGGACGCCGCCGGCGAGCGAUGGUGGCUCCAGGAUUCUGGGCUACUACGUGGAGCGCCGCGACAUUGGCGGCGCCCGGUGGGUGAAGUGCAACGAGAGCAACAUCCCAGUGACGGAGAUGACGGUGACGAACCUGAUCGAGGGCGGAGUGUACGAGUUCCGCGUGUACGCCGUGAACAACUAUGGCGUGUCGCCGCCGUCGGCCGAGACGCGCUCGGUGCGCAUCGGCGAGCAGCUCAACACGGAAAAGCCGGAAUGGGUCAAGCGGCUGAAGUUCAACCUGGUGCCGCUGGGCAAGUCGGUGGAGCUGACGUGCGAGGCCCAUGGCAAGCCCGAACCGACCUGCCGCUGGUUGCGCAACGGCAAGGAGAUCACGCACGGCGGACAGUACGCGCUGGAGAGCAAGAACGGCGUGUUCUCGCUGCACAUUUCCAACGUGACGUACAGGGACGAGGGCGACUACACCUGCGAGGCACUGAACUUUGUCGGUGUGAUCCACACGACCGGUGCGCUCAAGAUCGGCGUACCGCCGAAGCUGGUCAACAUCCCGUCGGACGUGUAUCUGGUGAAGGGCGACAAUGCGAAGAUCAAGCUCGGCUUCCACGGCGACCAGCCGAUGGAGGUUAACAUCUCGAAGGAUCGCGAGAAGCUGGUCGAGACGGAGCACAUCAAGUACACGGUGUUCGACGACUACGCCGUCAUCUACAUCCGCGACGUGCUGGACACGGACAAGGGUGUGUAUCUGGUGAACUUCAAGAACGACAGCGGCAGCGUCUCGUGCAACGUGAACGUGCACGUUACCGGCCUGCCUGGACCACCGACCGGUCCACUGCUGGUCAGCCACGUCACCAAGAACAUGUGCACGGUGUCGUGGAAGCCGCCGGCGCACGACGGAGGCCGCAAGGUCACGCACUACAUUGUGGAGCGUCGCGACAUCAAGUCGCAGCACUGGCUGAUCGUGUCGAACUACGUGAAGGAGUCGCAGCUCAUCAUCAAGGGCCUGAUCGAGGGCUCGGAGUACCUGUUCCGCGUGUCGGCUGUCAACGAGAACGGCAUCGGCCCAGCGCUGGAGGGUGUUGAUCCGAUCAAGGCGCGCGGCCCGUACGACCUGCCGUCGGCACCGGGCGUACCGAUCAUUCACGAGGUGGGCGGCGACUUUGUCAACCUCGAGUGGGAGAAACCGGUGUCGGACGGUGGCGCCCGCAUCCAGGGCUACUGGAUCGAGAAGCGCGAACAGGACACGGACACGUGGCAGCGCGUCAACACGACGUUGUGCGUGAUCUGCACGAUCAACUGUGCCAAUCUGGUGGAGGGCCGCCACUACGAGUUCCGCGUAGCGGCCCAGAACGAGAUCGGCGUGUCGGAGUUCUCGAAGGCGUCGCAGCUGGUGAAGGUGGAGGAUCCGGAUGUGGUGAAGCCGCCGGAGGUCGUGAAGCCGCUCAACACGCUGACCUGCGUGCAGAACCGUGGCGUCGAGUUCGUGUGCAAGAUUACGGGCGUCCCGCGGCCACGCAUUACCUGGCACAAGGGUGCGCGCGAGAUCUGUUCGGGCUCGCGGUACCACAUGUACAGCGACGGCGACACGCACCAUCUGGCCAUCAACGACGUGUUCGGGGAGGAUGCGGACGAGUACACGUGCCGUGCGGCGAACCGGGGCGGCGUGCGCUCGACCAAGGCGUCGCUGAUCAUCAAGUCGCCGCCGAAGCUGAACGUGCCGCCGCGCUUCCGCGACACCGCGUUCUUCGACAAUGGCGAGAACAUCGAGAUCAAGAUUCCGUUCACCGGCUUCCCGAAACCGCGCUGCCACUGGACGCUGAAGGGCGAGCAGAUCGAGUCGGGCAGCCACUACCACAUCGAGACGCGCGAGCGCCACACGGUGCUGACGAUCCGCGACGGCUCGCAGCUGGACUCGGGCACGUACACGAUCACGAUCGAGAACGAGCUGGGCCAGGAUACGGCCGACAUCAAGAUCCAGAUCAGCGACCGGCCGGACAAGCCGCGCAACCUGACGAUCGACCAGAUCGGGCUGGACCACGUGACGCUGAGCUGGCUGCCGCCGUCCUGGGACGGUGGUGCCAGCAUCACCAACUACAUCGUGGAGAAGCGCGAGGUGCCACUGUCCACUUGGAUUCGGGCUGGCACUACGCGCUUCAAUCAGCUGAUCAUACCGCACCUGUCGCCGGGCCACCAGUACGAGUUCCGCGUGUUCGCCGAGAACGUGUACGGCCGGUCGGAACCGUCCGACCAGACGGAGCUGAUCAGCCUGAAGGAUCUCGGCAUCAAGCCGGCCAAGCGCGUCAAGUACGAGCUGGACGAGCACGGCAAGCCGAAGCGGCAGGGCAAGAAGGAGGCCAUCUCCGACUACGACGACUACGUGUUCGACGUGUACUCCAAGUACCAUCCGAAGCCGGUCGAGAUCUCGAACAAGUGCGUGUACGACCAGUACGAAAUACUGGAGGAGAUCGGUA